CUGCUAUUUAUUUUUCCUCCUCUAGGCAGUAGUGGUCAUUGUUAAAGAAUCAAUCCCUGUAUUCUUUAACACACAGGUGCCCGGCCUAGUGUAGAAAGUUACACAGCUUUUUAAUAGUAGGCCUGGUAAAAGUUACUAGUCUACAUGGUAAAAAGUUUUACGAGCUUUCAAAACUCUACAAAAAGGACGGAGAGAAUUCUUCUAGUGUAGCACUCCUCCCUCUUUUUAAAGAACUCUACUCCAAAACCCCUCUCUCUCAUCACCAAAGGAGAAGGGAGGGCAAGGAACAGCAGAGCGGCCUGACCAAAACCCCAAGAAACCUCAAGCAAAACCCCUCUGCCCGUUCCUUCGUUUACACCAGCAGCCUGUUCCGAAGCAAUAGCAGAGGGGGGGAAGGAAGGAAGGAGAGGCAGGGGAAGAAGCUGCGCAAAAGAAGAAGAAGCAGAGGCUGUGCAGAGGGCGCAGAGAGAGAGAGAGAGAGAGGAGGGAAGGGUGUAAAACUUUUAGAAGUAGCGUGGUUUUGAGAUGCAGCAGCAGCACCUGAUGCAGAUGAACCAGAGCAUGAUGGGUGGCUACGCUUCCCCUACUGCUGUCACCACUGAUCUCAUUCAGCAGUACCUGGAUGAGAACAAGCAGCUGAUCCUGGCCAUCCUCGACAACCAGAACAAUGGGAAGGUGGAGGAGUGCGAACGGAACCAAGCUAAGCUCCAGCACAACCUCAUGUACCUCGCCGCCAUCGCGGACAGCCAGCCGCCACAGACGGCACCGCUAUCGCAGUACCCGUCCAACAUGAUGAUGCAGCCCGGGGCGCGCUAUAUGCCGCCACAGUCGGCGCAGAUGAUGAGCCCGCAAUCUCUGAUGGCGGCGCGGUCCUCCAUGAUGUUCGCGCACCCGUCCCUUUCGCCGCUUCAGCAGCAGCAGGCCGCGGCCGCGGCGGCGCACGGGCAGAUGGGCAUGGCCUCCGGCGGCGGAACGACCAGCGGGUUCAACAUCCUCCACGGCGAGGCCAACAUGGGCGCCGGCGCCGGCAACAGCAUGAUGAACGCCGGCAUGUUCUCGGGCUUCGGUCGUGGCGGCGGCAGCGCCAGCGGUGCCAAGGAGGGGUCGACCUCGCUGUCGGUGGGCGCCAACUCCGGCGCGCAGAGCGGGGACGGGGAUUACAUGAAGACCGGCACCGAGGAGGAAGGGAGCUGAUGUCGCUAGCACUUGCACUGGCACCGGCAUAGCAGCAGCAGGAGUAGCAGGUAGCUUCGAGGAGGGUGGUAGUGUAGUAGCAGCAGCACUAGUAUGUGGUCGGUCGUAAGGUAGGUCUCAUCCCUGGAACCUGGAGGUGGUAGUGACCAGCAUGCAUGCAUGCCGGGUCACUUGUUUUGGAUGUGCAUGAGGCAGGUUCUCCUCCAUGACGAUGUAGUAUGGAACGUUGCUGGUGGCCAUGGUUUGCGAACGCUCCUUCCUUGCA